AUGAUGCCUUGGUAUGAACACGAUACUAGGGGGGAUCCCCCAAACACAACACAGUCGAACUAUGGGAGUUGGAACGGCAGGAAUGAUCAACAGUACUAUAGAGAAAAUGAUAGAGUGUAUGAUGAACAAAACACACAUGCCUAUCGCCAUCAGAAUGAUAGUUCACGUUCGCGCGAUCAGCAAAGCGGACAUAUUCGUUCACGCUCUAGAAGUCAUAGUAGGGGAAGAGGAAGAAGCAGAACUCACAGUCGGAGUAGAAGUAGAAGUCGAGAGCGAAGGCGGUACAGAGGACGUAGUCGAUCGCGAUCGCGAUCUCGCAGACGCUCUAGGUCUCGGAGCAGAAGCAGGGGGGACGAACAUGGUUUGCAACCAGUGAAUAAACUCCAUCUUGUGAACUUACCCUCAGACGUAGAUCGUUCUAUGAUUGCCACCGUGUUGGCUUCCUCUGGCUUUCACCCUGACGACAUAAGAGUUGUUCACAAGAACUAUGAUAAAGGUGCUCCACGUUCGUUUGGUUUUAUCGACUUUUCUGAUGCGAGUACAGCUGCAAAAUGGAUGGGAAUGUCUAAGGGAUGGCUAGUACUGCCUGAUGGACGCCGUGUUACUGUUCAGUUUGCCAGAGGCGACCAAGGAAAUCGAAUGAGAAAAUCCGCUCAGGAUUGGAGCUGUGCUAAUUGUUCUGCUCAAAACUUUUUUAAAAGAGAAGCAUGCUACAAGUGCGACACUGACAAGAAUCAGUCAAUGGAAAUGGAAAGGCAAGGAAUUCAUAUGGUUGGAUCUGUGCCGUGUGAUACUCUCCUUGUUCGUUCACUUCCUCCUGGUGUAUCUACCAACGCUAUUUUUGAUGGACUUCGCAACAACACGAAUCUCACCAAUAUUAUACAAGUGAAUCUAUCAGAUUCUAAGCUUUACGCCUAUAUUCAAAUGAAAUCCAUGGAAGAGGCUACGCUCUUAGUUGAUUCGUCUUAUAAAUACCCUCUGAAAAUGAUGUCUUCUGACGUGAUUUUAACUUAUUCUCGGUACCCCUUGAACCAGUUAUUGAAACAAAUAAAUGAUCUCCAAAGAAAUAUCUCAAUGGAUCCUCUUCCGCCUAUAAUGAACGGGGGACCUGUCUCCGGUGCCGAGGUUGCGCAAGCUGCUAUCAUGCGUCAAAGACAUGGCAUGCCUAUGAAUAAUAUGCAGCAGAUGGUAGGAUCAGGCUAUUCUAUGAACGCUUCUGCACAAUAUUCAAUCCCACCUCCAAAUCUGGCAAUGAUGUCAAUUAAUACAAAUGUGCCUCCCCCAAUUUUGCAACAAAACUCUCAAAUACCAAACACCUUGGAUCCAACCCAGACAAGAGGAAUAAUAGGGAUCGUGCCUACACCACGCGGUGUUCUGUCUAAAUAUAUCGUUCCUAACCCCAUGACAUUCAUGCAUGAUGCUUCAAGCGGCUAUUUUAUAGAUCCUAUAACCAACUUUUAUUAUGAUCCGAAGACAACUUAUUAUUUUAAUAAUGAAACACAAGAAUGGACAUUUUGGGACAAUACUUACCAGACAUAUAUGCCUGUACAAUCCGAAGAGACAAAGCAAACUUCAUCACGAAAAGAAAGAAGAGAAGAGAAGAAGAAAGAAGAGGACGGGCCGAAAUCAGCGGCUCAAGUUAAUAAGGAGAUGGCCAAAUGGGCCAAAAAACAAGAAAAACAGAAACUACAAUUCUCGAUGAAACCCUUAGUUAAAACGUUGGAAACGAAAAGUGCAUUUGAACCACAGCCCUCUGUCUCUGCAGCGGUCGAUGAGGAAAGAUCCAAAUCUCGAGAAGAGGACAAUUCUGAGGAUGAUGAGGAGAAAUCACCUAGUAGAAAAAACUCAACAGGGUCCAACGUUAAUAUGGAACAGCAACAGCUUGCUUCAUCUACCUCCAGUGCUCCUAUUCAACCUCUCCAGUCGUUAGAAGAAAAGUUGGAGAUUAUGGAAAGAGCACUUGUCGAUGAAGGCAAGAAAAUGUGUCUACUCUGCAAGCGUGCUUUCCCUAGCGUGGACGUCUUGCGAAAACAUGUGGAUAAAAGUGAAUUACACAAAAAAAACCUAGAAACAAAGCGAGCUGAGUGGGGCAUUGAUACAUCUUCAAAGCAAGUAAAUACAGGAGCAGAACCGGAUGCCGCUUAUAACGCCUUGUUAGCAUCCAAUAGCUUCGCUAGUUUGCAACCAAAAACCGUUUAUCGUGAUCGAGCCAAAGAGAGAAGGAAACAGUAUGGCAUUGAUGGAAGUUUUGCGAGAGAAGACAGAGAAUAUGAUGACGAAGAAAGAGCACGAUAUGAUGCCGAUAAUGCAACUAAGCGACCUUUGGACAGUUUCGGUAUUGGAGGCAAACUGCUCAAAAACAUGGGUUGGAAAGAAGGCGAAGGUGUGGGUAAACACGGACAAGGAAUUGUGAACCCGAUUGAAGCUGAAAGAAGGGUAGCUGGAGCUGGAUUGGGCUCUUCAGGCUCUAAGAUCUCCCACAGUGCCGAAGCCAGUCACAAGGAAAGAGUCCGUGCAUCAUUCUACAAUCGAUAUCGCGAAAUGGAUUGA